AUGAAGUUGGCUUCCAAUCCUAAUCCGUCGUCGUUUCACUCUCUGUUCCAAAAUGCUAGGCAUGCACUCUUCAUCUUUCGACAACUUUUAGAGGCUAAUGCCAAUCCCAACGACGUUACUUUUUCGUUACUCAUCAAAGCAUGCCUUUCAUCCUCUUGCGGUUCAUCAUCCACUGAGAGGCUACAAGUAAACCAGAUUCAAACCCAGUUGUUGAAACGUGGCAUUAACCAAUUCCUUUAUGUAAAUACUGCUCUUAUAGAUUUCUACAUGAAACUUGGGUUUUCCUCUCAUGCACGCCAACUGUUUGAAGAUAUGGCUUUUAGAGAUGUUGUUUCGUGGAACGUAUUGAUUUGUGGAUAUUCACAAAAUGGGCAUUCUUAUGAUGCUCUUCAACUCUUUGUUCAGAUGCUAAGAGAGACUUUUAGACCUAACCAAACAACAAUCGUUAGCUUGCUACCUUCUUGCUGUCGUCCUGAGCUGAUUCUUCAAGGUAGAUCCAUUCAUGGGUUUGGAAUCAAAGCUGGCCUUGGUUGGGAUCCACAAUUGAAGAAUGCCCUUACUUCAAUGUAUGCUAAAUGUGAUGACUUGGAUGCAUCACAGCUCUUAUUUGAAGAGAGGGCUGAGCGGAAUGUUGUCUCAUGGAAUACCAUGAUUGGUGCAUAUAGCCAAAAGGGAUUUUUGGACAAGGCAAUGUCGUGCUUUAAAGAGAUGCUGAAGGAAGGUUUGCAACCAAGUCCGGUGACAAUGAUGAACCUUAUGUCGGCAAAUGUGGUUCCAGAAACUGUCCAUUGCUAUGUUGUCAAAUGUGGCUUUACCAGUGAUGCUUCUGUGGUUACGUCGCUAGUUUGUCUAUAUGCAAAGCAAGGGUACACAGAUGCGGCAAAAUUGCUUUACAGGCAUUUCCCCACCAAAGACCUGGUUUCGUUAACUUCAAUCAUUUCUAGCUAUUCUGAAAAAGGUGACGUGGAGUCUGCGGUUGAAUGUUUUAUCGAAACGCAGCAUUUAGACAUCAAGUCUGAUGCAGUUGCCUUGAUUAGUGUCCUUCAUGGAAUUAACAAUCCUUCUCAUUUUGCAAUUGGAUCUGCUUUCCAUAGUUAUGGGUUGAAGAAAGGGUUGACUAAUGAUUGCUUGGUUGCAAAUGGGCUAAUUAGCAUGUAUUCGAGAUUCGAUGAGAUAGAAACUGCUUUGUCCUUGUUUUUUGACGUUAGUGAAAAAACACUAAUCACUUGGAACUCUCUGAUAUCUGGCUGUGUGCAGGCUGGAAAAUCAAGUGAUGCCAUGGAGUUGUUCUGCCAAAUGAACACGUGUGGACAAAAACCGGAUGCCAUUACUAUUGCUAGUCUACUAUCGGGGUGUUGCCAAGUUGGGUACCUGCGGAUUGGAGAGACACUGCAUGACUAUAUCCUUAGGAACAAUGUGAAAGUGGAAGAUUUUACAGGAACUGCUCUAAUAGAUAUGUAUACUAAGUGUGGCAGAUUAGAUUAUGCUGAAAAGGUAUUUUGUAGCAUCAAUGCUCCAUGUUUGGCAACAUGGAACUCCAUCAUAUCAGGUUAUAGUUUAUAUGGACUUGAACACAAAGCUUUCAAUGGUUUUUCUAAACUGCAAGAACAAGGGCUAGAACCGGACAAAAUCACCUUCUUGGGUGUUUUAGCAGCAUGCACCCAUGGGGGCCUUGUCCAUGUAGGAAUGGAAUACUUUCGAAUGAUGACAAAAGAGUAUGGGUUGAUGCCAAGUUUGCAGCAUUAUGCUUGCGUAGUUAGUCUCUUGGGUCGAGCAGGCUUGUUCAAGGAAGCAAUUGAAAUUAUUAACAGAAUGGAGAUUCGGCCUGAUUCUGCUGUCUGGGGUGCUUUGUUAAGUGCUUGUUGCAUUCAACAAGAAGUUAAACUUGGGGAAUGCUUGGCGAAAAAAUUAUUUUUAUUGAAUAACAAAAACGGUGGAUUUUAUGUAUUAAUGUCAAAUCUUUAUGCGAUUGUUGGGAGGUGGGAUGAUGUAGCAAGGGUGAGGGGUAUGAUGAGAGAGAGUGGAGGAGAUGGAUGUUCAGGUGUUAGUGUUAUUGAAGUGGCAUCCGUCAAAGACACUAAUAGCAACUUAUGCCCGAGUGAAGUUAAUUUGAAUACAAACACUUGGCAGCAUUUGUGUCCAUACUGA